CAACCCUUCACUGUUUUGCUCUGCAGCCAGGCACAUUGGAACAGCACACUGAUAAAAUUCAAGGAUUUACUGGGAAUAUCCCUGCUUCGCUUUUUUUUUUUUUUUUUCUCACUCUCUCUCGCUCUCUGUCUGUCUGGAGAUACACUGCUGAUGUGUAGAGAGAGAGAGGGAAAGAAAGAGGGAGCUGGAGGAAACUGCAUCCUUCCAUCAGGACACAUAGAGCUUGAGAGUGUCAAUCUCUCCAUCAGCAUGAAAAGGCACAGGAGCCCACAGUAAGUGAGGGCUGCUCGUACACCAGGGAUCCAUUCGGCUUGGUACCCUCCUUAAUUCCUUUAUAAUAUACACUGAGCUUGGAGCUGCAGAUGAAGGGGCUGCCUGAUCACCAGCACAGGAGACAUCAAUGAACAAUGUUCCAGACACAUCAUAUGCUCCGGCUAUGAACUACGUAUGCUUAUAUUUAUUGAGCAAUAAACAAUCGGAUCAGCUGCAAGUAAUAUCUCUCUCGGCAUGAUGAAUUGGAUGCCUGCAAUCUGGAUGUGAGGAGAACAAUUGUUUUAUGUUGUCUGUGUUUCCUACAACUUGUGUUACAAUGCCAGAAAGACUUGGGGAAACGUUCAUGGAUGUUUGGACUCCAUUCUUUAUUUUAUGGAUUGCUGUUCUUCCUCAUGUGUAUAUGGCGCCAAGGAAUGAGUCCUUUGUACUGUCCACUGAAGCCGCCAUGGAACUUAAUGAAAUCAUUGAUGAGCAGAAAGUAUUAAACAGAUCCAAGAGAGGCUGGGUGUGGAAUCAAAUGUUCGUCUUGGAAGAGUUUUCUGGACCUGAACCGAUAUUAGUUGGACGGCUGCACACAGACUUGGAUCCCGGGAUCAGCAGGAUCAAGUAUAUUCUUUCUGGAGAGGGAGCCGGUACAAUCUUUGUGAUCAAUGACAAGACAGGAGAUAUACAUGCGAUGAAAAGGCUUGAUCGGGAGGAGAAAGCUGAAUACACGCUCACAGCCCAGGCUGUCGAUAGGGAUACAAAUAAACCUCUGGAACCCCCUUCAGAAUUCAUAAUCAAAGUUCAGGACAUUAAUGAUAAUGCCCCUGAGUUCUUAAAUGGACCGUACCACGCAAAUGUUCCUGAGAUGUCGCUUGUGGGAACUUCAGUCACCAAAGUAACAGCAACAGAUGCAGAUGACCCAGUGUAUGGAAACAGCGCAAAACUGGUUUACAGUAUAUUAGAAGGCCAACCUUAUUUUUCCAUUGAUCCUCAUACAGCAAUGAUUAAGACGGCCCUUUCUAACAUGGACAGAGAAGCCAGAGAAGAAUAUCUUGUUGUCAUUCAAGCCAAGGAUAUGGGUGGACACAUGGGUGGACUUUCUGGAACCACGACUGUGACAGUUACGCUGACCGAUGUCAAUGAUAACCCCCCAAAGUUUGCAAUGAGUCAGUAUCAGUUUGUAAUCCCAGAAGACAUUGAUAUCGGUGAUCCAGUUGGAAGAGUGAGGGCAAAUGACAGAGACAUUGGAGACAAUGCAAAAUCUUCAUUUGACAUCAUUGAUGGUGAUGGGAGAGAUGUGUUUGAAAUCACUACAGACCCCCAGACACAGGAAGGUGUCAUUCGACUGCGAAAGCCUCUGGACUUUGAGAGCAAAAAAUCCUAUAUACUGAAGGUAGAAGCAGUCAAUACUCAUAUCGACCCUCAUUUCAUCAGUGGGGUACCCUUCAAAGAUACCGCAACAGUGAAAAUUACAGUAGAGGAUGCAGAUGAACCGCCAGUAUUUUCAUCACCUACUUAUCUGCUGGAAGUACAUGAAAAUGCUGCCAUCAAUGGUGUCAUUGGCCAGGUUACAGCUCGAGACCCCGAUUCAAUGUCAAGUCCCAUAAGGUUUUCUAUCGAUCGGCAUACAGAUCUUGACCGUCAGUUUAAUAUUAAUGCAGAUGAUGGCAAAAUAACGUUGGCUACAGCAUUAGACAGAGAGACGACCAUGUGGCAUAACAUCACAGUAGUGGCUACAGAAACUAGAAACCACAGUCAAAUAUCUCGAGUGCCGGUUGCAAUCAAGGUUUUGGAUGUUAAUGAUAAUGCCCCAGAAUUUGCAACAGAUUAUGAAGCUUUUCUGUGUGAAAAUGGUAAACCUGGACAGAUAAUCCAGACUGUCAGUGCCAUUGAUAAGGAUGACCCAAGAAAUGGACACUUCUUCUUUUACAGUCUUUUACCAGAAAUGGUCAAUAAUCCAAACUUCACUAUCAAGAACAAUGAAGAUAAUUCCCUUAGCAUAUUGGCGAGACAUAAUGGAUUUAACCGAUUGAAGCAAGAAGUUUACCUGUUACCCAUUAUAAUAAGUGACAGCGGCAAUCCUCCAAUGAGCAGUACCAGCACCCUUACUAUACGAGUCUGUGGCUGUAGUAGUGAUGGAGUGGUGCAAUCGUGUAAUGCUGAAGCCUAUGUUCUGCCAAUUGGACUUAGUAUGGGAGCAUUGAUAGCAAUUCUGGCCUGCAUUGUGCUGCUACUAGUCAUUGUUGUGCUAUUUGUCACACUUCGAAGGCACAAAAAUGAGCCACUGAUUAUUAAGGAUGAUGAAGAUGUUCGUGAAAAUAUAAUUCGCUACGAUGAUGAAGGAGGCGGAGAAGAAGAUACAGAGGCUUUUGAUAUUGCAACGUUACAAAACCCUGAUGGAAUAAAUGGAUAUUUGCCACGUAAAGAUAUCAAGCCUGACUUUCAGUUCAUGCCUCGGCAAGGUCAUACCUCUACUCCCAAUGGUGUUGACGUGGAUGAAUUUAUUAACGUAAGGCUCCAUGAAGCUGACAAUGAUCCUACCGCUCCACCAUAUGACUCAAUUCAGAUUUAUGGUUAUGAAGGGCGAGGAUCAAUGGCUGGUUCUCUAAGCUCUUUGGAGUCAUCGACAUCAGACUCAGAUCAAAAUUUUGACUACCUCAGUGAUUGGGGUCCUCGUUUUAAAAGACUUGGAGAACUUUACUCAGUUGGAGAAAGUGACAGAGAAACUUGACAAUGAAUAGACAUUUUUUGCAUUCCGAACUUCACAAUUCUGUAAAAUUUUAGGGUCAUUGUUAGUGAAGACUAAUGUGGCCAACUUGUUUUAGAGACAGUUAGCACCAGUCAUCUAUAAAAAGCAAAUCAACUACAUUGUAAUGUUGAACCAAAAAUUGUGUACGUUAGGGGGUAAGUCUUGUGGAGUAAAGUUUGUGAAGUAUCUAGAAGUCAUUGGAUGUUCAGUAUUCACUUGGGCCACCAUGAUGGUUGAAGAUUUGGCAUCUGGGAUGUCUGAGUAAGCAGAGCAAAUACAGAAAAAGUUGGAACUUUAGACAAGCGGAUUGUUGCUCUGCUGUAAAAGUCUUCUACCAAUAAAGUCUACUGCAACAUUUUGAAAAGAGGAGUUAACCACUUUCUACUAAAGCAAUAUUUGGUCUUCUGAUGAAUUUUGAUAACACUGAUUCCCAGCUGGCUUCCACUGUGUGAUGACUCUAUAUUGAACUUACUUGGUGGCCUAAAAGUCACCAACUGAACAUCAUCUCUACAUGUAUUUGGGCCUUAAAUUAUUCACGUCUUAUCGCCAAUUAAAAGAAGAGUACAUUUUCAAAAAUGUUUUUGAUGAUUAUGAAACAUUUCCCUUUGAAAAGAGGCAUGUUUGUACUGAGCUUUUCUUCUACAAAUUGCAAUCUACCCAAAUUGUAUUAGGAUAAAAAAAAAAAAAAAAAAGAAAAAAAAUACUAAUUUUACCCUGUUCCAAAUAUUAUUUAUUAAUUAUUUCCUCAAAAGUGCUAUUUUAUUGCCUUUAUUUUUUUCAUAUCUUUAUUUAUUGAAUAAACUGUUUAAAAUACAUAACUAUAUAUAUAUCUAUAAAAAAAAAAAUAUAUAUAUAUAUAUAUAUAUAUAUAUAUAUAUAUAUAAAAUAUAUCCAUUAAGUAAUCUUUUAUUUUUUGUACUCACAUACUAAAUGUUAAAUUCAUAUGCAUUUUGAACUUUUAUGAUGGCUUUUAAUGCCGCAAGAGGUAAUUUAAUAAAGGGACAAUGUGUAUUUGCAGUAGUUGAAUUUUAAUGGAAGGCGGAAAGACGGAAAAAAAAAAAAAAAAAAAAAACAUUUUUUCCCAAGAGGCUUUGUCGGUUUUUAUAUUUUGUUCCAAAUUACAGUAUUAUAUAUAGUGUGUUUUUUGGUUUCUUUUUUGUUUUUUUUAUUACAAGCACAAACAUCUGGAAGUAAACAGGUUCAUGUGAAUAUUUAAACUUUAGAAUUUUAGAGUUUUACACAUUACACUGUACAGUGACAGACUCACGCUUGUAGUUAUCCAGUGUUCUAGAGCAAAAAUCAAUGUAUAUAUAAUUUUAGUGCUUAAGUCAGCAUUUCCUUUCUAAGAUAUUUGCUAGUUAUGCACAGGGACAAUUGCAUAUAAAAUCUGGCGGCACCAGUGGCUGCACUCAAAUUAAAUUUGCAAUUACAAGUAGAAAUUGUAUAUUAAUUCAAAGUAUCACAUGCAGAUCAUUUUAAUUUUCUACUUUGCUCUGAAGCUAAAUUAUCAUUUGUUUAUUUACUUCAUGUAUUGAAAAAUUCCUGUAUUGUUUACUACUCGGUGAAAUAUAUUUUUAUAAAUAC